AUGGCAUCUGUUUCCAGUCAGCCUCAGUUCCGCUACACACAGCCCCCAUCGAAGGUCCUUCACUUAAGAAACUUACCAUGGGAGUGUACUGAGGAAGAACUGAUUGAACUAGGGAAGCCAUUUGGGAAAGUUGUCAACACGAAGUGUAACGUCGGAGCUAAUCGUAACCAAGCAUUCAUAGAGUUUGCAGAAUUGAAUCAAGCUAUAGCAAUGAUAUCAUAUUAUGCCUCAUCCUCUGAACCAGCUCAGGUACGAGGCAAAACAGUCUACCUUCAGUAUUCAAACAGGCAAGAAAUAGUGAACAACAAAACUACCGCGGAUGUCGCUGGGAAUGUGCUCCUUGUAACCAUUGAAGGCAAUGACGCACGCCUCGUUAGUAUCGAUAUUCUUCACUUGGUUUUUUCUGCUUUUGGAUUUGUGCAUAAGAUCACGACAUUUGAAAAGACCGCAGGGUUUCAGGCUCUUGUUCAAUUUUCAGAUGCAGAAACUGCUUCCACGGCAAAGGAUUCUCUUGAUGGAAGAAGCAUUCCCAGGUACCUAAUUCCGGAAUUGGGGCCGUGUACACUUCGCAUCACAUAUUCGGCGCACACUGAUUUGAGUGUCAAAUUUCAGUCUCAUCGUAGCAGGGACUAUACAAAUCCUAGCCUUCCUGUUGCUCCCUCGGCCAUUGAUGCUAGUGGGCAGUUCAAUUUGGGCUUAGAUGGUAAGAAAUUGGAACCUGCAAGUAAUGUUCUUCUUGCUUCGAUCGAGAACAUGCAAUAUGCAGUUACCUUGGAAGUUCUGCACAUGGUUUUCUCUUCUUUUGGACAUGUAAUGAAGAUUGCGAUGUUUGACAAGAAUGGUGGUGUUCAGGCAUUGGUACAAUAUCCUGAUGUCCAGACAGCUGUUAGUGCUAAGGAAGCUCUGGAGGGACACUGCAUAUAUGAUGGCGGAUAUUGCAAGCUUCAUAUUUCAUUUUCUCGGCACACAGAUCUUAGUAUCAAGGUGAACAAUGAUCGUAGUAGAGACUAUACAAUCCCAGCUGCACCAAUAAUGAACCCGCAGCCAUCUAUUUUGGGCCAGCAACCAAAUACGAAUGCUAUGAUAGCUCCGGCAGCAUAUUAUCCUCAGGAAAACUCUGUGGUGUCCCAGCCUCCUGUUGGAUGGAAUUCCUCUGUUCCAGCAGGACCUCCACCAGUGUCCAUGCAGAUGCACAAUCACCCUUACAUGCCACCUUCGAAUAUGCCACAUCCUGAAAUGGGCCCUGGAAUGAUGCCGAUGCACAGCCAGAAUGGUCUGCCACAUUCAGCAGCCAUGCCUCCAUAUCGUCCGCAAUAG